GACUUCUUCUUAAACCUCACUUUACUUCCUUAAUUUCCCUGGCCGGGCAGCGUAAAUUGUGCUCUAACACACAGCUACUUUAUAAAAGAACAACGAAGAAAUGACACUCUCCAGCCCGCACUCGUACCACUUCGCUUUAGAGAGUUCAACGAUUUAUGAUAGGUUAAAAAAUGGUUAUUGUCUGAACAGCCAAUGGUGAUGCGGAUCUAACUCUGACCAAUAGACAGGUACAAUGUGCCGGAGGGGACGGCUCUUGACUCUCACGUCCAAUAAGAAAAGAGGAAAGGGAAACGCCUAAUUUGCAUAAGACUUCUAUAAAUAGAGGGGCGGCCUCCACUAUUUCUAUACUGUUGUUGCUGGGUAUUUAGUGAUUGAAGACUAGUGUACGUCGAGUACUUUAAGAUAGAAUAGCUUUUGUCAGGAUGCCGGAGCCAGCAAAAUCUGCUCCCGCUCCCAAGAAGGGCUCUAAAAAAGCUGUGACUAAGACUCAGAAGAAGGGUGAUAAGAAGCGCAGAAAGACUAGGAAGGAGAGUUAUUCCAUCUACGUGUACAAAGUGCUGAAACAAGUUCACCCGGACACCGGUAUCUCCUCUAAGGCCAUGGGGAUCAUGAACUCCUUUGUGAACGACAUCUUCGAGCGCAUUGCGGGGGAAGCGUCUCGCCUGGCUCAUUACAACAAGCGUUCAACCAUCACUUCUCGGGAGAUCCAGACCGCUGUGCGCCUGCUUCUGCCGGGGGAGCUGGCCAAACAUGCUGUGUCUGAGGGCACCAAGGCCGUCACUAAGUACACCAGCUCCAAGUAAAUAGUUUGCUGUGAGACUAUCAACACCUAUAACCCAAAGGCUCUUUUAAGAGCCAUCCACUUUCUCAUCCAAAGAGCUCUGCUAUCACUAACUGCUGUUGCUUGUGUUUUUCAAACUCCAACAGUGUAUUUUUUAAAACAAUCUGUAUUUGUGCUUUAGUUUCAGGUGACUUGUUAAAGCAUUUUUUUUAUUGCAUAUGCUCCCUAUAUAGAGGGGGGACUGAUUUCGUUUUAGUAAAUGGCAUUGUCAAUUUAAACUUAUAUCGGGGUUUCAAAUUUUAGGGAAAAAUCUAGGUGUUCCUCGUCUUUCUCGUUUCUCCCCCUCCCAACCAAUAGUUCGGUGAGGUGUCACCUCCAUAUAAAAUAUGGCUAAACGGUUUGUCCGGUAAAUAACAUUUGACAUAUUACCAGA